AUGGAUGUUGCCUCCAGCAGCAGUAAUGAGGGCCUCGUACGGCUUCCUGGCCUCCAAAAGCCGUCUACUUCCAGAAAACAACAAGUUCUGCGAGAAUCGGCAAUGUCACGUCCAAAGGGAAAACGGGCUGGAAGGCCAUGGACUUUUGGAACCCCAUUCCCGGGCACCUCUGUCUGGGAUAUUAGUCGGAAUCUCGAAGAAGUGCCAGUCCUCCAGGGCAAGAGGAAGGAUCCACCCACAUGGGACAGCCACUCCGAGGACAAGCAGUUGAAAUGCUCGUUGGAGAACAAACGCAGCCGUUCCUCUGCUUUCGACUGUGGCGGUGACCCCAUCUUACAACAAAUAGAACGACUGCAAUCGGAGAUCCGGGCAAAAAACAAAAAAUACGAGCCACUCGCAUACUUGGAAAUGGAGGAAAUCAGACCACCAUUACAUCCGCCCACAACUACUCCGAUCUCACAGGAGCAACUCGUCAACGAAGUCAGAGGAAUAUAUGCUGGCCUUGUCAUGGUCGAAAAGAAGUGUAUUGAGAUUUGCGAAGCCAGAUCAGCAUCUCCCACCAAACCAUUGAGCGACAUGCAGUGGCAAGCACUGCUGGCUCUGCACCGCUCGCUGCUUCAUGAACAUCACGACUUUCUCCUAGCAACCCACCACCCUCUAGCAUCCCCCGCUCUGAAAAGAUUGGCAAUUGAGUAUGACCUACCAGGGCGGCUUUGGCGAAGCAGCAACAAGGCCAUCUUGGAGAUCUUACGACAACGCAUCCCUAAGCACUUGGAGCACAUGAUUUCCUAUAUCUAUUUGUCCUUUGACAUGCUCAGGCGGCUUGACUCCAAAUUCCCAGAGCUGGGAGAAAGCUGGGCCGAAUGCAUGCAUGACCUUGAGACUUACCGCGAUUUCCUCGAAGGAAUUCGCGACAGUGCGUCGAAUAGCGACAAAGGACUUCCACCGAGUAGCGUCGCAUAUCAGCAUUUGCAAGUCUACUGGGAUAAAGGAGAGUCAUCAAGCAGUGUUGGUGGCCACUGGGAGCCUGCCUUCAGUUCACCCGGUCAAGAUGUUCAGCCUGUUUUUCCAUCCUUCAGCGAGACCGGAAGUAUCAACUGGCCGUUUGGAGCCAGCGACACAAACUCGAGCGAGGCCUCCAGUUCUCCUUUGCUAUUGAGUGGUACCUCUUCAGAAUCAGCCGACGAUGGGAUGAACAUCCAAGAAGAGUUUGACACCUGGUUCGGCGACUUGAACCCCAAACUCUUUGACGCUGAAGGGAAGAAUAAGUGGGUGUUGAUGGGAUGGCUUCACUUUGGGAGGCACCUUGCCAGGAGUUUCUGGUCGUACCGACGGGUGUUUAAGGUUCUACUUCUGAACGUGCUUUUGUGA